CGCUGUUCACAUCCCGAGGAAUGUCUUCAUAACGACAAGAACUCGCACUGCAAUCAGAGUCCGUACUCCAGUCGAUGUGAAUGUAAUGCAGGCUUUGUUUACGACAAAUACAAAAGCAUUUGUGUCCCGGAGACGAAGAAUGUGCGGAAGGGCUCGAACCCGGCGCUCAUGAUUCCCACGGCGGCCGGCCUUCUCAUGGCCUGCUUUAGCCUCUUGUGCUGUUGUGCCCUCAUAUGGCAUAACCUCUGCAGACGUCAUGAUAUUAUCAACAGAAACGCAGCCAACGGAGCGUCCAGUGGCGCCAGAAGUCGUCGCACAGGAGGCGAUGCCAGACGUGGAACUGGUGUUAACCGAAGGAAUCAGACAAAUGAGACCCAAGUGUCGGCCCAUUUGCCGCCAUACGAGUCAAUACUGAUUGACAGCAUGAAUAACGAUCCGCCGCCGAGUUAUGAGGACGCCAUCAAAGACGCCUCACAUCCCACACAACACACCCCACAC